CGCACCAGGAGGCGGGGCAAAAUGUGACUUCCGAGGCCCCGCCUCUCCGUGACGCAGUUGGAGGUUUGCAUCUGAGACCUCGAGCAGUUCAGGUCUUCUGGCAGGUGACUGGGUCCGGGAUGGCUUCGGACUCCGGGGACCGCGGGACCGCCUGCACGCUGGAGUUCGCGGUGCAGAUGACUUGCGAGAGCUGCGUGGACGCGGUGCGCACGUCCCUACAAGGGGUGGCAGGUGUCCAGAGUGUGGAGGUGCAGUUGGAGAACCAGAUGGUCCUGGUGCAGACCACCCUGCCCAGCCAGGAGGUGCAGGCCCUUUUAGAAGGCACAGGGCGGCAGGCGGUGCUCAAGGGCAUGGGCAGUGGCCUAUUGCAGAAUCUGGGGGCAGCAGUUGCCAUUCUGGAGGGGCCUGGCCCUGUGCAAGGGGUGGUGCGCUUCCUACAGCUGACCCCCGAGCGCUGCCUCAUCGAGGGGACCAUUGAUGGCCUGGAGCCUGGGCCGCACGGACUCCACGUCCAUCAGUUUGGGGACCUCACAGGGAACUGCAGCAGCUGUGGAGACCACUUUAACCCUGAUGGAACAUCUCAUGGGGGCCCCGAGGACUCUGACCGGCACCGAGGAGACCUGGGGAAUGUCUGCGCUGACACUGAUGGCCGAGCUGUCUUCAGGAUAGAGGAUGAGCAGCUGAAGGUGUGGGAUGUGAUUGGCCGAAGCCUGGUCAUCGAUGAGGGAGAAGACGACCUGGGCCGGGGUGGCCAUCCCUUAUCCAAGGUCACAGGGAACUCAGGAGAGAGGUUGGCCUGUGGCAUCAUCGCACGCUCCGCUGGCCUUUUCCAGAACCCCAAGCAGAUCUGCUCCUGCGACGGCCUCACUAUCUGGGAGGAGCGACACCGGCCCAUCGCUGGUGAGGGACGAAAGGAGCCGGCCAAGUCCCCUGCCCACCUCUGAGCACGGCCUCAGCCUCGGACGUGUGACUGUUCUCCCAGCUGAGCACCUCCACUUGCAGAGAGCAGGCAGGGAGGCCCUGCUUGCCCAGUCCCAGGAGAACUCGGGUACAGGGUGUGUGGGGUUGCUGUGAUGGCGCCUUGGCAAAUUAAAGUUUUAUUUUCAUACAGAA